GAUAGCAGAAGUUAUUAUCAAUGUUCGUGUGGGUUAGGGAGAGUAUUACUAGCUCAGCCGUUUGGAGCAUGUCAUGAUGACCUCUGGAGCUAAGGGCUUUGUAAAUGACAUCUGAUUCCUUGAAUGCAUCAGCCUCAAUCACCACUGCAUUCCCUGCAGCUCCCGCCCAGAAUGGAAGCAUGGUUAUCAGUUGCAGAGAAGAUUGGAUGAGCUCCCAUUCCACCACCCAUGAGGAGGAGCACCGGACUUCUGUCACUGUGAGCGACUGGAGCCAUCACCUCUGUACAUUGAGAAUCAUCAACUGAUGCAAGCCCCAUUGCUUUCAUUUCCUCCACCAAGAGAUGCGGACAUUCUCUCCUGUCUGCAAAUCCAAUUUGCCUUGCUGCCAUAGAUACAGAGGAAAAAACGCAUCAAGGGAAAGCAGGCAAGCAAGAUGCACCAUUUUUUUGAAGCUAUGGACACAUUCUUGCUUCAAUCUAGUGAUAUCCAUGAAAAUUUCCAUGAUCAAUCAUGGAUAUGUAAAGCCUAAAACGUUAGAAUUGAAUUUU